GCGGCCGCCGGGAAUAUUCAACCAAUCAGCGGCCGAGCUCGAGCCAACGUCGAGUUUGAAUUGACCAAUGGGAGCGGCGCAAGGAGGGCCCGGCCGUGCCGAUGUUUUGGAGGCCGCGAGACGGCGGCGGCGUUGGCGCAGCGGGCGGACGGCGCGCGACCCAUCAUCAUCAUCACCGCCGCCACCGGGGUCGGUUAAAUACGCAGUGCGGCAGGACCAUGAAGAUGCGCACGGGCUCCCCGCCGGUGCACGUGCACGUGGACGAAGACACGCCGGUGCACGUGCACCUCAAGAAGACGCGCAAGCCCCGCGUGGGAGCCGGCUCCGCGGAGGGACGAACCGUGGGGGGCGAGCGGGCGAGCGCACGGUCGACGCCGCGAGGACGGAGCCGCGGGCCGUGGAUCCCACCCGGAAAAACCUCCGUGCGGGACAAGACUUACGCCUGGGAGGGCCCCACGCACCGUCUGGAGAUCUCUCCCCUGCGGGGCGCCGACGCGGGCGGCAUGCGGCCCGGCCUGCACGUGAGCGACCUCACCACCACGGACGUUGCGGACGCUGCCCAGAGGGAGGAGGAGGAGGAGGGGGAGGAGGGGGAUGGGGAGGCCGCGACGGCGUUUGAGAAGACGGUGGACGGACUGCUGGCGCAGGUCAGCUCCCUGCAGGCCCAGGUGGACCAGGAGCGGCGGGACCGCGCUCGAGAGCGGGCGGUGAGCGAGGGGGCCGCGUGGCGCCAGCGCCGCCGCGCCGGGGGGGCGGCCAUGCCCUCCUCCCCGGGGGACGUCGACCUCUCGCCCCACCAGAGCGAGGGGCUGAGACGACGCAGCCUCGAGAUGCACGCCGGGCCCGACGGGGACUCGGCACGGCUGCCUGCAGGCGGCGCCGAUGGCCGCGACCGCCUGCUGGGCCAGCUGCUGGAGGCCGAGGCCGUGGGGGCGUCGGCGGCCAAGCAGGUGGCGGCCCUCCGGGACUUUGUGUCGCGCAUGAGACACGAGAAGGCUUUGAGCUGCUCGGACGUCAGCCGCAUCACGCGCCACAAGGAGCUGCUCAUGGAGAAGCUGGAGGAGUUUGAGGUCGCCAACAGAGCGCUGCGCAGGCUGCUUCGCAACGAGCACGCCAGCGGGCUGGACGUGACGCAGGUGAUGGAGCAGCGCGACGUUCUGCUGCGGAAACUCACCCUGGCCGAGGGCGACAACGCGCGCCUCGCCACGCGGCUGCAGGAGCUAGAGAAGGAGCUGAGCCAAGCAGCUGUACAGCUGCAGUUGGAGAAGGACUCGGCUCGCUCGGCCACCGACGCAUCUAAGGGCCUGGAGGUGACGCGCGCUCACCUCCAGGGACAGCUGCGCAGCAAGGAGGCCGACAACAACCGGGCCGCCACACACAUACGGGGGCUGGAGCGAGCGCUGGAGCAGCAGCGGCUGGAGGCGGAGGCGCUGGCCGAGGAGGUGGCUCGGGCUCGCGAGCGAGGGGAGACUGACAAGGAGGCGCUGAAGAAGGCGACGCGGGCGCUGAAGACACGGGCGCAGCGCGGGGAGGACGCAGCGCAGCAGCUGCACGCGGAGCUCCUGGACAAGGAGGCGCAGCUGGCGGACACGCUGGCGUCUGCCGAGGCGUGGCGGUCGCGCAACGGGAAGCUCUCCAAGGAGAAGUCGCAGCUGGAGAUGGAGGUGGCGACGCUCGGCGAACGAGUGCUGGACGCGGAGCGGCAGGCCCGGGCGGCCGAGGAGCGAGCGCGGGCCGAGCGGGAGGCGAGCGCCGAGCGGCUCCACCGAGCCAACGGCGACGUGGCCGGCGCACGGCUCCACGGGGAGCGCCUCAAGGCGAGCCUCUCGGCUGUGGAGGAGAAACUCCACUUUGCCGAAUCGGAGGUGCAGCAGCUGACGGCCACCAUGAAGCAGUAUGAGGGCCUGGUGGACGGAUAUAAGACCCAGGUGACGAAGACUCGCGUGGAGGCCGACGAGUUCAAGGUGAAGCUGGACUUGGCGGAGAAGGAGAACCGGAGGCUUCGCGACGAGAGCGGCCGGGAGGCCGAGCAGAUGCGGCGCUCGGUGGAGUCGCGUCUCUCCCAGUUGGAGCCGCUGCCCGAGAUGCUGAAGGCCGCUGAGCUGCGUCUGCGCGACAGCGAGGCCACGCUGGCCACCGCGCACAGGAGGGAGGCCGAGCAGGCGUCCAGCCUGGCCGAGGCUCGCCUCAAGGCGGAGCAGCAGGCGCUGCAGCUGGAGUCUGUGCGGGAGAGCGCGGCAUCGCUGCAGGAGGUGAAUCACGAACUGCAGCUCAAGACCGACGCCUUGCAGAGACGUGUGGAGGGCGCGGAGCAGCAGAGCCGCGAGCUGGCGCAGGCCGUGGCCCAGCGGGAGGAGGCGCUGGCGCUGGAGCGGCUGCGCGGAGAGGAGAGGGCACGCGACGUGGCGGCGCUGUCUCGCCAGCUGGAGCUCGCGCUCGACGACGCUCGCAGACAGGUGGAGCAGGCUCGUGAGCGAGCGCAGGGCAAGGAGCGCGCCGCCCAGGCCAAGGCUCUGGAACUGGAGGCUCAGCUGAGCCGCACUCGCGCAGAGGCCGCACAGCUGCGUCGCGCCAAGGACGACGCGGAGCGUCGGCACGCGAGCCGCCUGCAGGACCUGCGCGACCGCCUGGAGCAGUCCGAGACGACGAACCGCAGCAUGCAGAGCUACGUGCACUUCCUCAAGACCUCCUACGCCAACGUGUUCGGCGACGCGGCUCCGCUCGCCAGCUCGCCCGUGCGGGCGCGCUCGCCCGUGUGACGGUGCCGCCGGUCCACCCCCCGACCCGUGGCGACUUCGCAUCCGGAAUGCUCAGUCGUUGAAAAAGUUUUUUUUUUUACACGUAUAUUUCGGUUUUCCACUGCACAACCGAGCCGUGCCGGGGCCGUGCUGAGCCGGCCCGACGCGGCAACGGGAUGACGCGUCCUCACCGCGUACAGACCGGCUUGGCGCGCGCGGUGAGCGAGCAGGGACGCGUGUGGGUGACGCGGUGACACGUCCUCACCGCGUACCGACUGACAUCACACACGCGGUGAGCGAGCGGAGACGCUCGUGGGUGACGCGGUGAGCGAGCCGAGAUGCGCGUGGGCGACACGGUGACACGUCCUCACCACGUACCGACUGACAUUGCCACGUACUGACAUCACACACGCGGUGAGCGACGGAGACGCGCGUGGCACUUAUUGGGGUUUGGUUCUGGCUCUGCCCGGCAAGCAGCCAGUGGAUAACCACCCGUGCCAUGACCGUGCCGGCUCGGCUAGGAUGUGGCCAGCGGAGAAUCGGUCACGGUUGGAGCUAUCGGAACAAACGGAAUUUGAACCAAAGCACGGGGAAAACAGCAAAUUUGUAAAAAGGAAUGAAAACAGAAUGGAAUGAAAUGCAGCUAAAUGCGCCGCUUAUCGGAUAAAGGUUUUGUAAUAACAAUGACAUUUAUAGAGCGAUUUUCAUCAAGGAUCUCGAAGCAUUGUACAUGACACAUCAACAACAGACACCGGGCAUGAAAAUAAUAUUAUAAAUUCAUAAAAAAAAUAAUUCCCUAAAUUCGCUAAAAGUUCUAUAAGCGGAAGCUUAUUAAAUUUAGGUUUGUAGGCGCAAUUCAAAAAUGUCCAAAGACUCUUGAUACCUCGUGGAAGAGCGUUCCAUCGCCUGGUGGCUACACGGGGAACAUCUCCGUCGCCCACAGACCGACAGCUUCGACCUGGGAAUGCAGAGAGAAGAUCUGCAUCCCCAGAUCUUAGGGAACUUGAGGGGACACAUGGGGGUUGAACCAUGUCAAUGAUGUAGCCUAGGGCAGAGGUCGCAACCGGGUACCCGAUACCCGUACCCUACCCGAUACCCGGCUACCCGUACCCAGCCGGGUACGGGUACCCGUUUGCGACCCUGGUGCGGCCGGGUACGGGUACGGGCAGGCCGUGAGUCACUGGUGGGUAACCGUUUGUCACUCAUUUCCCAACGUCUUGUCUCUUACAAUUCAAGUUCCUAGAAUCAACCCACCCGCGCCUGCAACAUGGCUUCAUCCCAGAGGUCGCAAUCGGGUACCCGAUACCCGUACCCUACCCGUACCCGGGUAGGCUACCCGGCCGGGUACGGGUACCCGUUUGCGACCCUGGUGCGGCCAGGUACGGGUACGGGUAAGGAAUCAAAACCCGUUUGCGACCUCUGGCCUGGGGCACGAUGGUUCAUUGCUUUGUAUAUACGUCUGGCCAGAUGGUAUGCUUUGGUUUCAAUAUAUUUAAUCUAGUAUCUAACCCGUUUUCAAUAUGUCUAUAUAUGUUUUUUUACCGUCACACGUGUUGCUUGAUCACUGUGGUUCUAGCCUCUGUGGGUAUUUGACGCUUCCGCCGUUGUACUUGAUGUGAAUACAGUGAGUGGUGGUUCCUGUUA